GCGCCUGCCCCCUCUGCAUCUGACACAGACGGGACACGGACAUGCAGUGGGUGUCGCCCGCUCUCAAUAUUACAAGGCUCCAGACUCACAAACGCAUAGCAAACAUGCACCAACUUGGGCUGACGCACGGCACAAUCUGAGGCCCCCCUGCUAGCAUCGGGAUCCGCAGCGGAUCCGCUUUCAGUCCGCCAAAUCCGCCCCACAGUCAGUCCGCUUUGCGGAUCCGCCGCGUUUUUGUUCCGUAUUCGCUUUAUGACUGUUGACUAACCCAAAUCCUUUGGCAGCCUGCUGUCACAGAGAGGAUAUACGGCUAUAUCAUUUUACAUACGCACAGUGAACGCGCAUAUAAUACUGCAGUCAGUAUUUGUGUUCUAUAAUGAGCGGAUCCGCGGCUAACCCGUUUCAGAUCCGCUGCGCGGACGCGCCUUUGACUUUAUCGCAAUUAGAAGAAAGAAAAAGAAUCACCCACCUAAUGUCCUAAUUGAAAGUAAAUAGUUAAACUGUUCACUGUAUUAGCCAUUAUUAAAGUUAAUUAACGUUGUGCUCAUGCGUGGAGGUUGAACACUGCUGAAGUGCGACACAGCAGGUCCGCGGCUGGUCCGCGUCACAUCAGUACAGCGGACGCGCCACUGAAAUUCCCGCCGUAGAGUGGAGCAGGUAGACUGGACCCUGACUGGACCACACAGUGAUACCUUCAGAAGGAGUUACCGUGUUUGACAAUGUACCAUCUAAUUGAAUUCACAAUUAAUAAGACGGUGGCAGUUGCCCCAGCAAACUGGGUCAACGAUGGAGUGUGCUUGUGGCCACCAUACUCAAAAGAUGGGCGGGUCACAAGGGCAGCAAAAACACAGGAAGUGCCUGGAGAGGACUGGGAUGAGUUUGAUGUGCGCAUAAUAAAAACAUGCGCACACUACCUUGAAGCCAGGCAAGCCCUCAACAAGGCUUUGACUUGUGCCACCUCAGACCUCCAAUCAGAAGAUGAAAUGGUGCCACCAAAAAGAAAGAGAAAACCAAUACAUUAUUUUGGAGAUACUGAUGAGGACUCUGACUUAGAAAUUCCUCACAGAAGGAAGAAGCAAAUACCUCCACCACCAGUGCCACCGCCACCAGUACCACCUCCAUCGUCAGCACCUGUACCAGAACCAGCUACAAUAGAAGAGGACGCUCAUCCUGCUCCAUCUAACUCCAGGGCAGUUGAACUGGUAGAAGUGACAUGCUUGUCUGUUCACAUUGGCAAGCUGGCUACAAUUGGUGGGCAAGACCCCAAAUGUAUAGUGAGGAGCAUUCUUGCCCACAUCUUGGCAGACAGAUGUGCCUGUAAAAUCAGCUGGAAGGGGUCGAAUGAGAAAAUGCCAUUCAAAGAUUUGGCUCUGAAGACCCUAGUUUUACAAGCUGCAAAAAAGAACAAUCUAUGCCGGGGAAUCACUGAUGUGGAGGUGUUCCAGCACUGCAUCAGGUGGUUCAACCUGGCAGCAGAUAGGGGUCAGGGCAGGAAACGCCCUUCACCCUCCCCCACCCCUUGAGUUUUAUUUUUGGCAGGAGCCAAUGCUGUGGGAAAAGGGAAGGACAUUGAAGGAGUCAGCGGGCUCAGCACCUCACCAUGCACAUGACUCCAAAUCUCCCACUCUCCACACUGUCUACGUACAACCACCCAUUUUAUACUGGUGAUAAACUCAAAUUAUAUUCUGAUCAGAAUAUAAUAUAAUAAUAAUAAUAUAAUGCACUCGAGUGUAUUAUUUUAUUUGUUAUUUAUUAUUGUUUUAUUUGUUGUUGUUGGUUGCGCAAACUGUUUUGCAUUGGUUAUACUGGAAUUUUAAGGGUAUGUCAUACAGACGUAUGUUCUUAGAUUGUUCAUUAUUUAUAUAUUUAUAAAUGUAUUUAUAUUUAAACAAACAUUGUUUA